GAACUGUGCACACACACAUAUAUAUAUACACACACACACACGCACGCACGCAGAUUCAGAUCAUCCGCUGCAGGGGCAACACGACAUGCCAAAAUAACACAGCAACAAAACGGGGGGACAAGCAGCCGCACUGCGAAGAGGAGGAGGCCUGUUGCAGCUGCUCAGGAAUGUCCACCGUGCAGCCCUGAAGAGAAAAUGAAGCGCAAAAGCGAGAGGAGGCGAGCCGAGUCGAGGAAAAAGCGCUGUGCAGCUCACCACAGCUCAGAGGCGGAGCCAAACUCUGAUAUUUACAUUGAGAUUGCAGAUCAACUAUAUUUCGCCAUACUUCAGCAAAAGAUCAAGAGCACAGCUGAAAGACACUGUUUCUGCAUAGAUGAAGAGCUGGCAUAUGAAAACUUCUAUGCGGACUUUGGUCCCCUUAACCUGGCCAUGUUUUAUCGCUUCUGUUGCAAGCUGACAAAGAAACUCAAGUCCAUUACACUUUCAAGGAAGAAGAUCAUAUUUUAUACCUGUGGAGACCAGAAGAAACAAGCCAAUGCUGCCUAUCUAAUAGGCUCAUAUGCAGUAAUGCACCUUAACAUGAUGCCAGAGGAGGCCUACAGUCUGCUGGUGUCGAGGAAUUCAACAUAUAUUCCAUUCAGAGAUGCUUCGUUUGGAACCUGCAUGUACAACCUGAACAUCCUGGAUUGCCUCCGUGCUGUUCAAAAGGCUCUGCAGUACGACUGGCUCGACUUUUCCAACUUUGACGUGGAAGAAUAUGAGCACUAUGAGAGAGCAGAGAACGGAGAUUUGAACUGGAUCAUUCCGGGAAAGUUCCUUGCAUUCAGCGGUCCUCACCCAAAAAGCAAAAUAGAGAAUGGCUACCCUCUGCAUGCUCCUGAGGCUUACAUCCCUUACUUCAGGAAACACAACAUCACUAGUAUCAUCCGACUCAACAAGAAGAUGUACGAUGCCAGACGUUUCACAGAGUCGGGCUUUGAACAUCACGACCUGUUCUUUGUGGACGGCAGUACACCUAACGACACCAUCGUCAGAAAGUUCCUCAAUAUCUGUGAGAACGCAGAGGGAGCCAUCGCUGUCCACUGCAAAGCUGGUCUGGGGCGAACCGGCACUCUGAUUGGCUGCUACAUGAUGAAGCAUUACCGCCUGACCGCUGCAGAGGUGAUUGCCUGGAUACGGAUCUGCCGACCAGGGUCCAUCAUUGGGCCUCAGCAGAACUUUGUUGAAGAGAAGCAGAACAGUCUGUGGGCAGAGGGAGAUGUUUUCCGGGAGAAGAUGCUAAACGAACGAGAGAACGGUAAGAUGGCUGUAACCAGAAUCCUGUCAGGAGUAGAUGAUAUAACCAUUAACGGGAGCAACAAGAACAGGGCAUCCAAGAAGGAGGAAAUGGAACUGCAGUAUAAUGACGAAGAGGAGAGAAAUGGCCUUACACAGGGCGAUAAACUGCGAGCCCUGAAGAGCAAGCGGCAGGCCAGAUCAUCCUCAGGGUCGCUAUCGCAGGUGGUAGUGUUCUGCUGCAGCCUCAUGGGUACGGUGUGGCCGAUGUGUUGCCUGCCGUUGAAAAGAUAGCAGAGAGAGGCAGAGAAAGAGUGGGGGAGAGGAAAAAGAAUGAGAGAGGAUGUGAGGUUUUGUAUGAUGGAGGUAAGUGCACGUCACUUCCUUUUCUAGCUGAUAUAUCCUCUUCCUGUAGAAAACGGUUGCUAUGCCAGUGAAUGGUAUGGUUAACGGUAUGGCUGAUUGAAGUUGUUCUUUUUUUUUUUUCUUUUCUUUUCUUUCUCUCUAUGGUGUGAAGUGGAUAUGCAAUUAGUGGAUGCAUUACAUUUACGCCUUUCAUUAUCUGCCUCUCAUGGACACACAGAGUUGUUCUGCUUUGAUAUCGAGGCUUAUCUGAGAUAUCCUCUAAGUUACAGUAAAGCUCUCAAGUUGAGCCUGCUGUACUUGCUAACAGCAGCCUCAAUUAUUCAACUAAUCACAGUUUUGCUUAAGAUCUGGAUUAGUUGAAUUAAAUGUUUUAGUGCUUGUGGCUUGCACUACUGACUUGGCACCACAAAAAAAACAAACAUGUGUUAAGCGAAGCAUUGACUCUCGGUCUUCGUUCUGAGCUGCAGUAGAUAUUGUUUAAGCAGCUAACUUGCCUGUUCAACCAUUUAAGCUGUAAGUGUAUUUGGAAAUUGCCAGUAGGACUUGGGUGUUAGCAUCAUUUUAUUAGAGUGAGGUGUUCUGCGAGUUAAUUAGCAACUUGAAUGGUACUGUUCAGAUGGUAAAUUCCCCUGGAUCCCGAUUCUAAUAUAAUGGAUUUAUAAACCAUCAUAUGUGAGCUUCAGACAAGGUAGUGGGAUGAAAGUGGGUUCUUAUCUGUUCUCAGGAGGGAGAUUUUCUUGCACUUCAGACCAUAUGCCUUAUCAGUGUAUGCGUUGCUACCAGGGUCCGAAAUCAACACCUGCCAAGCGCAAAAUACAGGUAGAUUUUCCGUUUGGCGAAAGGCAAAGUACAUCUGCCACAAUGUUUGUAUCAAAAUCAUCAUGUAAUAAAAUAUCUGGCAUGAUGUCUCAGAGGGUAUUACUCAUGUUUGUCCCUAAUACAGUGUAGAUAGGUGUUUUUUUUAAGGGGUGUCUAAACAGUGCCGUGAAACUGUAUGUGCGCUCAAGACAGUCUGAGGCGAAGGAGCAGCAGCCACACGCCGUCUCAAGCACUCCUGGGUUCACGCCACUGUUUACCAUACGGGACAUCAGCUACUCAACAUCGCAGCUCUCUGCUAAACUGUCACUCGCCACUGGUCUGCUGCUAGUUACCAUCACUUCAAUAGCUAUUAAUAACUAAUUAUUUCAAUUAAAUGUACUGAAAUGAAUGUAUAUGUAACACAAAAAGUCAAUUUGUUAUCUUGGCUGAUAAAAAUACGCUUGGCCGGUGGAUUUUUUUUUUUCAUCCACCAGUCCUCUUGGCAGGUGAGUCACAAAGUUAAUUUUGGACACUGGUUGCUACAUAAACAUCUAACUUCCAGCUGAACCUUCACCAACUGGCUCCACUGUUUAUUUUCUUAUGUAACAGUGAAGUCAAUGUUGAAUUCCAGUGACGAUUAGAUUAGAAACGACGAUUAUAUGAAGUGUUCUUCAUCUCUUCUGCCUUUUCCAUGCAUGGCAACAGGCAUGAUACCCUUGGACAUGCACGCACGGACAUGCGUCUGUGUUCGAUCUGUGUUUGUGUCUAACAUGUAAUAAAUGUUGGGCCAGGUUCACUGUUGCCUGUUGUUUUUUCCAUUGCUUUUGUGACUGGAUCAGUGUUUACAUACCAUCUGAGCUUUGUUUAUUAGCUUAUUUUUUGUUAAGUGGUCCCAAUUUGUGGAACAAAAUUUUAUAAUGGAUGCUUGUAAAAUCUGACCAUUUUGAGACAUGUUUUUAUAAACUAUGUAUUAGAGCCUAAACGAUAUCUUGGCAGGCUGAUAUCAUCUGGUAUUUACUUAUCACACAUAAAUCUAUCAACAGAAAUUAGCAGCUUUUUUUUUUAGUAUUUUUAAAGUGUUUACCCUUAUUUUUCUACAUUACACAUUUUUCUCCUUUUGUUGUCAACUAUAAAAUAGUCUCCCACCCAACAUACUGUAUUUGUCACAACUCGUUAGUCAGUUAUGUAUGUUCAGCCAAUAUAAACUAACUCUAAAACAUCAGUAUGUUACAAAAUUCCCACAGCGGUCAGGUUCUAAGUUUGUGGCAAACUGCUAACACAUCAGAGCAAGUGACCAACAAAAACGUGCAAGGCUCUAUGAAAGGCAUUUAAUCUAAUCCAGUCCCAGUGGAAAACCUGAACAUCAGAGGCUUUGUGUCCUGCCCGGACGUCUCUUGUCUCUCCUUCCUUUUUUUUUUUCCCCCUUUUUUUCCGUUUGCUCUUGUUGUUGGAUUUGU